CGAAUUUAUUUCUUUAAACUGUGCAAAAUGUCGCUGCGCUUGGGACUAAUAGUUGUGGGUCUGCUAUCCCUGGCAGCGCUCGGCUGCCGAUCCGCCUCAAUCAGCAACCGCAUUGUGGGUGGAGACCAGGCGGACAUUUCGGACUUCCCCUACCAGGUGUCGGUUCGCCUGGAGACGUACAUGCUGCUACACAUCUGCGGUGGCAGCAUCUACGCCCCCAAUGUGGUGCUUACGGCCGCCCACUGCAUCAAGGGACGCUUCGCUUCGUACAUUCGCAUCGUGGCGGGACAGAACUCGAUUGCCGAUCUGGAGGAGAUGGGCGUGAAGGUCAGCAAGCUGAUCUAUCACAGUGGCUACAACAAGAAGACCUUUGUGAACGACAUUGGCUUGAUCAUAACGCGAGAGCCGCUGGAGUACUCGAGCCUCGUGCAGCCCAUUCCCUUGGCAUUGGAGGCACCUCCGACGGGAGCACAUGCCGUUGUCAGCGGCUGGGGUAAGCGUACUGAGGAGGACGAGGCGUUGCCCGCCUUGUUGCGUUCCGUGGAGCUGGAAAUUGUCGACCGUAGUGCUUGCGGCGACCAGUACCUGACCAAACAGUACACCAUCACCGAAGAAAUGCUGUGUGCCGGCUACUUGGAGGGAGGCAAGGACUCCUGCAAUGGUGACUCCGGUGGCCCAUUGGCUGUGGAUGGUGUGUUGGUGGGCAUCGUGUCGUGGGGGGUUGGCUGUGGCCGGGAAGGAUUCCCCGGGGUGUACACCAGUGUCACCUCCCACACGGCAUGGAUCGAAGAACAGGCUGCGCCAUACCUUUAAAUUCGAGGGAACUUGAAGAGCUGCAAGCGAACAAAAUAACCGAACAAAUUAUUUAGAAAAUAUUAAAUUAUCAUAAUUAUCACCUAUAAUAAACAACAAAUGAGCAUUUAAA